CACAAACAAUCUCACAUUUGAAAUUUCGGAUGUUAUCCGAAGGUCGCAGUUCUGAUAUAAAUGAUACUUUCUCAUACUCAAACGACUCAUCAAACACGAUUGAAUAUAAUCCAGAAGUCGAUAACAGUAGCAGAGAUAAAGAUUUGCAGAAUAAUGAAACACAAAUUAGCAGUGAAUCUAAUGGACGUCUUGAUUCAAUGUAUUUACAUCCCAAACAAUAUAUGACAGGAAUAUGUGAUUAUUCCCAUGAACUUAUUGAUCUUGAUAAGAUAAAGCAUGAAAAACUCUUUUCUGACACUAAGCUAAGUGAUAUAAAUACAAUCUAUGAUCACGCCGCAUCAAAACUUAAAGAAAAUUUGACUGUUCAUUAUCAAUCAGUUCAGGAUGAAAUCAUGUCAUCUGUUAAAAGUCUUUUUUCAGUUGAACUAAAACGUAUAAAAAGUGAUAUGAUUAAGCUUCAUGAACAAGUGAUCAGUUUAAGAGAUCUUGCACGUAAUCAUGAAGGUACAAUAGCACGUAAAGAACAGAUUAUCUGUGAUUUAACGGAUAAUAUGAAUAAAUUAAAAAUUCAAAUGGAAAUAAAUAUGAAAAAGGAAAAUGCUAAAAGAAAGUCAUUUUGUAUCAAACUUGCUGAUCGUUAUUAUAAACAAAAUAUUUUAAAACAAGCAAUUAUUGGAUGGAAACAAUUCAUGGAAUCCUCUUGGAAACAAAGAAAUUUUCGACGACUUACUUUGGAAGCUCAGUCUGAAUGUAUGAAAAUUAAACAAGAAUUAAAUCAAAAAAUUCUUCAACUGGAGGCUGAGUUAAAAAUUAGUCAAAGUGAAUUAGAAUCAAUGAAAGCCAAACAAGCCGGUGAACAAGCUGCACUGAAAACAGCAUUAAUGCGUGGUGUCUGUGCAUUAAAUAUGGAAACAAUGGCUGUAUUCAAUGAAACUCUGCCAAAUAUGAAUAAAGAAUUUAUUAAUAAAAAGUUUACUGUUGAUUCGCAAAUUUUAAAUAAAAAUUAUUGUACAGAUGAUCAUUUGGAAUUAGCUCAGUUGACAUCGAAGAAAUUAAACGGUUGUCAUUUAGAUAAAACGAUUCACAAUCAAUCAGAUGAGAUGAUUUUCAACAUACAAGCUGAUCAUAUUGUGCAAGCCACUCAUCAAAGUAACACUGAGUUCUCUAAUCAGAACAGACAGAAUUCUAUGGAGGCAUGGCCAAGAGAUACAAUUCGUAAUGUUGAACCAUCUUAUAGUAAUGUGGUAAGAAAAGGCAACUGUGCAAAACCACUAAGUCAUUCCACGGAAAUUUGCGAACGUUGGUUAGGUCAUCAUAGUGAUUACAGUGAAAACGAUCCAUUAAAUUUAUCUGGCUUACCGACAUAUAAAACUCAUGAUCGUCAUUUAAAUACAAUUCAAAGUUUAUCAUACCAGGUCGAUGAGAAAAUAUCUAAUUCAGAUCCAAGUGAAUUAGAACAUAACAAUCAGAUGGAUAACAAAUGGUUACCAAACAAAGAUUUAGCUCCGAACAAAAAUUACGACACAUCCUUUCGAAUCAAUAUAAACUCUACGAAUUCUAAUCAUGAAAAACCCGACCGCAGCUUGUAUGAUGGAAAAACUCAUACGACAGUUGAAAAUGCUAAAAAGAUGUUAAGUUCACGAAACUCAUCAAAUCGUUUUUAUUCUACGGUGAAACAAAAUAAAUUAUCAUCAUAUCCAAGACCUCAAACUGUACAGCAUGGAAUACCUACUGGAAACUAUCCAAGCGGUUCUACAGCUAUGGUCAAUAUCUUAGUUCACCGACAUCAAACCGGUAAUCAGAUAAAUUCAACAGAAAAUGUAAAUACUCAUAAGCAUACAAUUAAUUCAACAGGAGUACACUAUUCACAUUGUCAACAUAAUCUUUCAUCAACACCACGUUUAUAUUCUGAUUCAUAUUCUCAUAGACAUGUUUAAAUGGAUUAAAAUGUAAUAUUUUUACUUCUUAUUUAUAUAAUUGAUGAAGGCAUAUUUAACUAAUAUAUGUAUGUAUUCUAUUAUCAUAUUUUCAUACGUUGCUAGAAUGAUCUAUAAAUAAACCUUAUUUAAACGUUGUAGUUAUUCUUAUUAGUGUGGUGCGUACUACUUAUAUUGAUAUAAGUAAUAUAUGACGCAAGUCAGAAAUGUAAUGUCUAGCAGAAGAAGAUGGGGGGAGAUCAAGUAAGCAAAAGCUGGAAUAGAAUGCAAUUUGCAUGAAAAUGCAAGAACAAUGAAGUCUGAAGCAUUUUGAAACAAUUGGUGAGCAUUUUGCAAAUUAACGAUUUGAUAUAUCGUUCUCAAAUUUUGUAGAGAUGCUCUGUAAUUUUGUAUUAAAUGUAUUCGGUUUUCCC